AUGGUGCCUGUGGCUGUAUGCUGGUUGUUGACGGGCCCAGUACUGCGAGCCAUUCACAAGACUCCCGAGGACACUCGCCGAUGCGAGCUACUACGCGCUGGUGCUGGCCAUUUGCUUGCCCGUUCGUAUCGGUUUCUCGCAGUUGAAUUGCUUUUUCAAUGCGCAGAAGAUUAUGCGACCAUCGGUCGUGUGUUCCACGAUCGGCAUGCUCUUGAACCUGGUGGGAAACCUCAUCUUGGUCUUAGGCCUGACCGUCCCCAACUGGACCGGCUUCGGCUUUCCUGCUUGCCCGUGGGUCACGACGACCGUGGAGUUCCUUCAGCUCUUUAUUCUUUGGUUCAUCUAUUGUCGCACCUUGCGCUUGCACAGCGAAUGUUGGCCUGGAUGGUCAUGGGACUGAAUAUUACCAGAGAUCGUGUUGUCCAGUAUGUGAAGAUGUAUCUCCCAGCAGCUUUAUCCAUUGGCUCCGACUUUUGGCGACGUGUCUCGGUGAUCGGAACCAUCGCCAGUGAGGUGGGUCCGGACGACCUUGCAGUUUUCAAUGCCAGUUAUCGGAUUUGCUGGAUGGCCCUGACCUUUCUCGGAGCCUUAGCCGGUGGCGUCGGGGUCCAGCUGAACAUCGCCUUGGGCAAGGGAAGCACAGCGGAUGCGAAGCAUGCCGCGUGGGUUGGCACCAUGAUAGCCAUUGUCGUGCUGGUGGUGUUGGGGGUUCUCAUCCUGUGCAUCCCUCGCUCUUUGGCGCGGAUCUUCUCCAACGAUCCGAAGGUCCUGGACCUGUUCGAGUCGUGCCGCUGGCCUUUUGCUGCUUUCGCCGUGCCCAGCCCUGGACCGCUGAGGUGA